GGGGGAAGCGAACGCCCUCCGUCUUCAGAGUGGUCUGGGCGGGAGGGGAUAUUUAGGACUGACUGGCGAAGCAGAAAAGCAAGGGAGUAUGGGGUGGAGUGUGAUUACGAGAAAAGGUGUCUUCGCUAGAUUCCCGGGUUCCUGAAGGGUAUGUGUGAAACUAAAGAGGUGAAACGUCUCGCGAUAUCUUAAGACAUCCGGCCCCAUAGGCCUCAGUGAGCCCCGGCGCCGGAGAAGUAGGAGGAGCUCGCGAGAUCUCUGCAGUUGCCCAGGAGACGACGGGGAGGAGGGGAGGUGAUCUCGCGAAAGAAAAGAGGUCGGGAGCGCUCGCGAGAUCUCAGACCGCCGGAGCCGAAACGUUCUUAGGAAGUUGAAGGGCCCAGAGGAGGCCCCGGGGCAAAUGGCCGGAGCUGGACCAACCAUGCUGCUACGAGAGGAGAAUGGCUGUUGCAGCCGGCGUCAGAGCAGCUCCAGCGCCGGGGUUAGCGCGGGCUGGGGUUCUGGGAUCGAGGGGCAGCCUGGGAGCAAGAUGGGGGGGCGGAGGCGGAGGGGGGACUGCGGCUCCCGGCAGCCUCUGGGCUCGGUGGGAGCGCCCCGCGGGCUGUCGGGAGCUGUGGUUCCGCGGGUGGGCGGCCGCGAGGGCGGUGCCGUCUCAGCGCGUGUCCCGCCCCGCGCAGGACUCAGACGGGGAGCGCGAGGACUCGCCGGCCGCGCGGGCCCGGCAGCAGCUGGAGGCGCUGCUCAACAAGACUAUGCGCAUUCGCAUGACAGAUGGACGGACCCUGGUCGGCUGCUUCCUCUGCACCGACCGCGACUGCAAUGUCAUCCUGGGCUCGGCGCAGGAGUUCCUCAAGCCGUCGGAUUCCUUCUCGGCGGGGGAACCCCGUGUACUGGGCCUGGCCAUGGUGCCCGGCCACCACAUCGUUUCUAUUGAGGUGCAGAGGGAGAGCCUGGCAGGGCCUCCCUAUCUCUGACCUCGAUCGCGCAUGCUUUGCAGACCAUUAAAUCUGGAACGAAG